UGAAUAUUCCACUCCUGCCCCCGGUGGCUCGAUCCUUCCAUAACACUAGUGAGGUCGCAGGACAUCAAUGCUCAAUCCCUGUUGUCAUAUGUAAUGACAUUUCCAAACACAUUGCCUCGGAUCCGGUCUCUGAAGCUGAUUCCGAGCCGCCUGAUCUUGGCGCUCCCACGAGCAGUCUGAGGUUUGUAGGUCAAAUAUCCGGAACAACAACUGCAGCUAGCUCCCACCCCAACUGGCUUAUUAUCCGCUCUGCAUGCCGUUGCCUCCUUUCCUUCAUGAAUCGUCGUUCUUGGCGCAGGCAUGGCUCUACUCGCGAAGCAGCCUCAACUUUUACCGUGUGCACAUCAUCGUGUUUACAGUAACUCCUCUCAUAUUCUCUGCCAUCAUGUAUGGAAGCAACGGGAGAUACCCAGUCUCGUACAUUGACUGUCUCUACAAUUGCGUCUCAGCCAUGACGGUGACGGGCUUGGCCACUAUCAACCUCAGUGGACUCACAGCUUGGCAACAGUUUAUCCUGUGGUUUCAGAUGUCAGUGGGCAACAUCGUCACUGUGUCUUGGGUGAUGGUUCUCGUACGGCAGCAAUUCCUCAAAGCCCAGUUUGAAUCUGCCGUUCAGUAUAGGAAUCGGAAUGGUGACACACGAGGGGGACGGAGUGAAAUUCUCCGGAUCGAUAUGAUUCGAAGGGUUGGCGAUCUCACUCCAGUAAAUCCGAUGGGAUUCAUAAGCGGCGAGGGAACAGCAAUUAUCGAUGCGACUGGAGGAAGAACCGUUCUGAAUCAGGGGCCUGUGACUGGGGAUGUCAAUCAUUCCGGCGGUGGCCUAAACCCCUCAUCGCAAUCUCUCACUUCGGUUGCCUCGUCCCGAAUAUUGCAACGACGAGCAUCUGAUCGUGGCGAAACGUCAGGAGAUGGAGAUGCUGUAGAAACCGCGUUAUUUGACAGUGAAAGACGGAUAGCUCAGCCAAAUUCGCAGAGAUCAAAUGCAACGGAGCAAGACUCGAGUGUGGAUCCCACACAGUUUCAAUCCAACUUCCCCCGAACACAAACUAUUGAAUUUGUUCAGCCAGAACAGCUCCUACAUCGCCGUGAACGCGGACACUCCUUGGGUCUUUCUUCUACAGCAGAGGACCAUAUAGGCGCCGAGCCAGAAAGAUGGGAUCGAGGUGGGCCUUUGGGCCUCCCAGGACGAACUAAUACCAUCCGCACAAUUGGUUCCGAAGUCGACCCCCCGCCUGCCGGGAGCGCAUUGCCUCGCCGGACGUCGGCGAAAGAUCUGGGUUUCGGGGGAUUUCCCAUGCCUCAUCAGCUCCUAGCAAGAAUUGGCGCUCGACUCUUCCCCACAGUCGCGGAACGCAUAGAAAGGACGACAACGAAUCAAGCCCAGGCUAUCUCCUUGCAACCGAGCAGGGUCUCCGCAAGCGCCGCAGCAAGGACGGGGUUGGGCAUGACAACAGCCCGCACGAAAAGUGUUCCUUACAUCAGCUUUGAUGCUGUCGUUGGGAGAAAUUCCCGGUUUCAUGGGCUGACCAAGGAGGAACUGGAAGAACUCGGUGGAGUAGAGUACAGGGCACUGAAGUUACUACUCUGGCUCGUCCCUGCUUAUCACUUUGGCUGGCAAUUGAUUAUUUUCACUAUCCUCGCCCCGUACAUGGCCCAGUCACGAUGGAAGCCGGUAUUUCAGUCCCAAAUACGACCGCUCGGCUCAACAUGGUAUACCGCCUUUAUUGUUACUUCUGCCUACACUAAUUCUGGAACCUCACUCGUUGAUCAAUCCAUGACUCCAUUUCAAAACGCGUACCCACAAAUUAUCUUCUUAUUCAUAAUCAUCUUCGCAGGCAAUACAGCAUAUCCAGUGUUUCUUCGCCUUACAAUAUGGAUCAUGGCCAAAUGUGUGGCUGCACAAUCUCGAAUCCAUGAAACACUUCAUUUCCUACUUGACCACCCUCGACGUUGCUUCGUCUAUCUAUUCCCGUCUCACCAAACAUGGUUCCUUUUCGCGUUCGUCGCUGUGCUCACGGUUACAGAUUGGGUCUCAUUCUUAGUUCUGGACGUCGGCAACCCCGAAAUCAUGAGGUUGCCCGUGGGGCAGCGACUCCUGAUCGGACUGCUUCAAAGUGGGGCCGUACGUGCGGCUGGCUUUUCCGUUGUUGCUUUGUCGGUUCUCGCGCCUGCGGUCCAGGUAAUCUACGUUAUCAUGAUGUAUAUAUCGGUCUAUCCGAUUGCGAUUGCAGUACGCUCCACCAAUGUCUACGAGGAGCGCUCCCUCGGAAUCAUAGAAGAAGAUCAUUUGGAGGAACCAUCUGAUGUUGGGUCGAGAGGACAAGUGUUGGGGAGGUAUUUUGCAUGGCAUGCUAGACGCCAACUAGCAUUUGAUAUGUGGUGGAUAGCGGUUGCUUUGGUACUCGUCUGCAUAGUUGAGCGAGGUCAGAUUGAGGACAACACGAAAGUCUCCAUUGAUAUAUUCCCCAUCAUUUUUGAGUUGGUUUCUGCCUAUGGGACGGUCGGAAUGUCUCUAGGGGCUAAUGGGCAAAAUUAUUCACUUUCGGGUGUUUUGUCCCCAUUGUCAAAAGUGAUCAUAUGUCUGGUGAUGCUUCGUGGUCGCCACCGUGGGUUGCCUGUAGCAAUCGAUCGAGCCGUAAUGUUGCCCAAAGAGUACCAGAGAGAAGACGCAGAGAUAUCCGCGUUGAGGAGCCGCUCUCAUUAUGCCGAAGGCAAUCAUCCUGUGGACACGGACCACCAUCAAACCAGCCAGCCAAACGUUUCAGGACGACACAAUACCGAUAGAUUAACAAAAGACAGAUAGCACGCGACCACGCAUAC